ACCGCAAUGUUAAACAAGCUUUUGGAGCUACUACGUAUCGACGCAAAAUCCACGUCAGCUUACGCAAACAAUCAUGAGCGCAGCAGCAGCAACAGCAACUCCGAAGGUGAAGAAGGCGGCUAAGCCUAAGAAGCCGGCGGAGCACCCAACUUACAGCGAAAUGAUCCAGAAGGCUAUCGUGAGUUUGAAGGAGCGGGGAUCGUCACGACAGGCCAUCCUGAAGUACAUUAUGGUCAACUUCAACGUCGGAAAGGACGCUACUCCAGUCAACAGCAGACUGAAGAUGGCUCUUAAACGUGGCGUUGUUUCCGGUGCCCUGAAACAGGCAAAGGGCACGGGCGCUUCCGGGUCAUUCCGUGUUGCUGAGAAGGCAGCAAAGCCCGCCAAGGCGAAGAAACCAAAGGCAGCCAAGAAACCUAAGGCAGCCAAGAAGCCAGCUGGAGAAAAGAAAGCAGCCAAACCAAAGAAGGCAAAGUCUCCGAAAAAGGCAAAGGCAGCGGCUAAGCCCAAGAAGGCGGCAAAAUCACCGAAGAAAGCAAAGGCAGCAAAACCGAAGAAGGCUACUCCCAAGAAGGCAGCUAAGCCAAAGGCAGCUAAGAAAUCUCCGAAGAAGGCGACCAAAAAGGCAGCGAAAAAGUGAACGGACUAAUGCUGGACAUUUAAAUGUGUACAUAUUCUGUAUAUUCUAUGUACAUAGUGUAAAUUAUUCAUGAGAUUUCAUCCAUGAACUCAUUGACUCUUUACAGGCAGCUCCUCUCUGUACGCGUGGAUUAUCCUGGUGUAACAGACUGUACCGUGUGGACAAGCCCAGUCGUCAAUCCGGAAAUCAUUGUUUGUGCACGAGACUUUGUUUUGUGGAUUUUCGUAUGACUUGUUCAUUUUACCCUUAUCAUCCUCAUUAUAUUGUGUUCACAAUAGUGCAUUUCAUUUUACUCAUCCAUGUUUGUUGUGACUUUUCUACAAUUGAAAUGACGUCAUUUAUUUGUUAUUCACUCUGUGAGUGACGUUUAGCUCAUAAAUUUGGAGUUAAAUAUUACUUUGCGUAUAUUUCAUUCUGAUUUUAUGCUAAGGUUAAAUGAUAAUAAAAUGUGAAAUUCA